AUGAAUUUGUAAUUAGAAAAAUGCUAAUAAAUAAGCAUCUAUUAAGAUUCGUAAAAUUAAAAUAUUAAUUAUAUACUCAAAGUUCAAAAUUUAUUCCCUAUUGAAGUAAAUAUAAAUAAUAAUAGUCUCAAUUUAUGGUAGAAAAUAAGGCCAGAAUAUUUAAUUGGAUAUGAAAAAAUUUUAAACUCGGAUUGCUUUUUUAAUCAUUUUAAUUCUGAAAAUGAUGAGUUGGAACUAUCGGAAGCUUCUUAGAUAUUAAGAGAAAAUUAUUUAAUGGAGUUUUGUGAAAAAAUGGAAAAUUUGGAUUUCUUGCCAUUAGAUUCUUAUUAAAUAUCAAAUGUUUUACAUGAAAAUGGAGUUAAUGUUAGGUUUUUAGGUGAAAUAUACAAAUUGAGUAAGCUGAAAUUUAUUAAAGAGUUAUGUCAAGUAGAAAUUGUUUCAAGAAUUUGUAAAAAAAUACUAAGGAAUAAUAUUUAUGAUUGCAAAAGAAAUUUCUUUUAAGGAGAGAUGAAAAAUUUUUAAAUUAAUAUAAAAACAAAUAAAAUGUAAUAAUGGAAAAAAAGUUAAGAUAAUAAUUCAAAUUUUAAAAGUAUUAAUAAUGAAAGUUAAGAAGAUGACAAAAAAAAAAAAAUUUAAAAUUGUCAUAAUUAUUUAAUAGAAAAUUUACUUGAUUUUCUUAAUUUAUUAUUGGGUUCAGGUUAGGAAACUUAAUAUUUUUGGAAUUAAAUUAUAAAUAAAUAAGCUAUUGUAGAUUUCAAAUGUUAAAUUAAUUAAUAGGAUAUAAUUAAUGGAGGUUUAUUAAACGCUAUUAAAUAUCAUUGCAAUAUAGAUUUUGAUUUUGAUUUGAAUAUAGAUAUAUUCGAUUGUACUUAACCUUUAAAAAAAGAAAAUAUUAAAGGUUUUUUAUGUACAUAGAAAUCAUAUGAUUAAAGUGCCCUUUUAAUAAAUAGACUUGGUUCAAAAUAUAAAUAAUAGAUGUCUUAAAAUUAAAAUGAAUAAGCAUUUUAAUCUUUAAAUUAUAUUCUUCAUGUAUAAGAAUGGAAUAAUGAAAAUUUAUUUUAUUUCAUAAAACUUUUAUCUGAUUAAAGUGAAAUAUUAUUGAAUUUUUAUAAUUUUGAAUAGUCUAUUGAAAAAGCCCAUUUUAUUUUAAAUAUAGCACCUAAAUAUCAUAUAUGCUAAUUAAAAGCAUUAGGAAAUUUAAUAAAGGCAAAAUUAAUGAAAAAGGAAAAUUAAAAAUGUAUCGAAUACUUUGAUAAAGCAGUUUAAAUUAUUGAAUUUAAUUUAGGAUAAGCUCAUCCUAUGCAUAGUAUUUUAUAUAGUAUUUUAGGAUAUUUUUAUUUUUAAAAAAAAUAAUAUGAUGACGCUUUGUCUUUAUAUAAAAGUAGUCUUAUGAAUAGUAAAAAAUCUCUUGGAUAAUAUCAUUUAUAGACAGCUGAAAUUUAUAAAGAUAUAGGAUUAGUUUAUAUGAAAAUGGGCGAAUAAGAAAAUGCUUUUACAAACUUUAUUAAUGCAUCGUAAAUAUUUUAAAAAUAAAAUAAAUUGAAGUCUUUGUAAUAUGCUAAUUUAAUCACUUAAAUUGCUAAUUUGUGUAUUGUUUAAAGUAAUUAAAUUUGUAAAUAUCAAUAAUUAUUUAUAUAUAUAUUUUUCUUUUAACAAUUUAAGAUAAGUUAUAAGAAAGUUUGUACUAUUGUAACAUAAGUGUUAGUAUAUAUGAAUAUUAUUAAAAGACACAUUAAAAAGAUUUAAUAGACUCUUAAUUGA